GAGCCACGUGUGCGUGCGCCUAGCUAGAGAACAUGGCGAGUACUAGUGCCUCGACUAGCGUCUGUGAUGUUUCAGCUGAAAUAGACUCCGAAGAAAGCUCCUUUGACAACGACGAGCAAGAAACAACCGAAGAACGAGACACCACGACGACUUCAGAGGCGAGUAGUAGCACGGUUGUUUCUUUGUUGGAGCGGUUGAGAGCGCCUAAGAAAUCUGAGUUGACUAGCAAGCGAAAAAUAUUCGCUAACCCGCCACGAGAACCAGGCCUAGCAGAUGGGGUGUUCAAAGCCCUCCACGAGCUGCAUGACACCUGCAGUCUGGCUCACAUGGAUCUGAAGCUUGACAACGUUUGCUUUGAUCCCCUAACCCACCAGCCAAUACUAAUCGAC